AUGGCGGAGCUGUGGAACCACAACAGCACGACCUCCUGGAACCGGUCCGCGACGGGGCAGGACCGGUUCAGCAGCCUGGACGACAUCGACUUCCCGGCGGACGGCUCCCCGACGCUGCGCAUCCUCAUCUCCAUCGUGUACUCGGUGGUGUGCGCCGCCGGGCUGGUCGGGAACCUGUUGGUCUUCUUCCUGAUGAAGGUGCGCCGGGGCCGGAAGAAGCGCUCGAGCAUCAACCUGUUCAUCCUCAACCUGGCCGUCACGGACUUCCAGUUCGUGCUGACGCUGCCCUUCUGGGCGGUGGACACGGCUCUGGACUUCAGCUGGCCGUUUGGGAACGCCAUGUGUAAGAUCAUCCUGUCGGUGACGGUCAUGAACAUGUACGCGAGCGUCUUCUUCCUCACCGCCAUGAGCGUCACGCGCUACUGGUCCGUGGCCUCUGCGCUGAAGGACCGGACACGGCGGCGGGUGUGCCCGGUGCGCUGGGUGAUCGCGGGGCUGUGGGUGUCGGCCACGGCGGCCUCUCUGCCCACCGCCGUCUUCUCCACGGUGAAGAGCGUGGCCGGGGAGCGGCUCUGCCUGCUGGGCUUCCCGGACGGACAGUCGUGGCUCGCGCUGUACCACCUGCAGAAGAUCCUCGUGGCCUUCGUGUUCCCCAUGCUGAUCGUCACCGUGUGCUACCUGCUGCUGCUGCGUUUCGUGCGCCUGCGCAGCAUGAACAACAACCAGGUGAAGCGGAGGUCCAGGGUCACGCGCUCGGUCACCAUCGUGGUCCUCUCCUUCUUCAUCUGCUGGAUGCCGAACCACGCCAUCACCUUCUGGGGCGUGCUGGUCAAGUUCAACGUGGUCAACUGGGAUAAGACCUACUACAUGGUGCACACCUACGUGCACCCGGUGACCGUGUGCCUCGCGCACACCAACAGCUGCCUGAACCCGGUGCUGUACUGCCUCAUGCGCCGGGAGUUCCGUAAGAAGAUGAAGGACCUGUUCUGGAGGAUCUCCUCCCCCACGGGGACCAACAGCUGCCCGCUCAGACCCUUCUCCGGGACGGUGAGAGCGGAGCCGGACGACACGCAGAUCGUGAUCCCGCUGAACAACGUGGAGACGGAAAACUACCGACUGUCGGUGUUAACGGACCAGUGCGACACGGAGACUCUGCAGAGGUGA